AUGGCAGAGCAGUGGGGAGAGGCAGUUUUCGCAGCAAGACGACGAAAUGAGGAUACAACGAGGGACACAGUCUUUACAUAUACCAACAGCAACAACACUAAAGAUCCUUUUGAGGGCCCUAACUACCACAUUGCCCCAAGAUGGGUAUACAAUGUUUCAACAUUAUGGAUGAUCUUCGUGGUCAUUGCCUCAGUCUUUACAAAUGGCCUGGUGUUGGUAGCCACUGCAAAAUUCAAGAAGCUUCGUCAUCCACUGAACUGGAUCUUGGUAAAUCUUGCAAUUGCUGAUCUUGGUGAGACAGUUUUUGCCAGCACCAUCAGUGUCUGCAACCAGUUCUUUGGCUAUUUCAUCCUUGGACAUCCAAUGUGCGUUUUUGAGGGCUACACUGUCUCUACUUGCGGUAUUGCAGCUCUUUGGUCACUGACUGUCAUUUCAUGGGAGAGAUGGGUAGUGGUGUGCAAACCUUUUGGAAAUGUUAAGUUUGAUGCUAAAUGGGCCACUGGUGGGAUUGUCUUCUCCUGGGUUUGGUCUGCUGCCUGGUGUGCGCCUCCCAUCUUUGGCUGGAGCAGGUACUGGCCUCAUGGUCUGAAGACCUCAUGUGGACCUGAUGUGUUCAGUGGAAGUGAGGAUCCUGGUGUCAAGUCUUACAUGAUUGUCCUCAUGGUUACCUGCUGCAUCAUGCCACUGGCUAUUAUCAUUCUCUGCUACCUUGCAGUGUGGAUGGCCAUCCGUGCAGUUGCCCAGCAGCAGAAAGACUCUGAAUCCACACAGAAAGCUGAGAAGGAAGUGUCCAGGAUGGUUGUUGUAAUGAUCAUUGCUUACUGUGUUUGCUGGGGACCUUACACAUUCUUUGCCUGCUUUGCUGCAGCCAAUCCAGGGUAUGCCUUCCACCCUCUGGCAGCAGCUAUGCCUGCCUACUUUGCCAAGAGCGCCACCAUCUACAACCCCAUCAUCUAUGUCUUCAUGAACCGACAGUUCCGGACAUGCAUUAUGCAGCUCUUUGGCAAGAAGGUUGAUGAUGGAUCUGAGGUGUCCACAUCCAAGACAGAAGUGUCCUCUGUGGCUCCUGCAUAA